GGAGCGCCGAGCGGGGAGGCAGGCCGCGCGAGGAGCAGAGUGGGAGGAAGCUGGCGGGGCUGGCCGAAGCGGACAGGUGGAGCUGGCGCAUCCCGGGGAGAACCGGGGGGCCGAAGGAGCCAGACAUGGAGUCGCGGAACCGGAGAGACAGGGAGACGAUUUGAAAACUAGGGCGACCUCUCGGCUCGUUCCAGCGGGACCCCGAGGCCGAGGAACGGGGGCGCCCCGGGCCCUGAGACGCCGGGCUGAGCACCGUGAACCGGGGGAGAGCCGGGCCGAGGCCUAACGCUGACUCCCUCCUCGGCCGCUUUACGACUGAGCCCUCGGGGGCGCGGCCGGGCCGGGCGUGGGGACCGCACCUGCCUGGGGCAGCGGGGCAGCGGGUGUGCGGACGUCCCGACUUGGAAAAGCCCGCGGAGGCGUGGGAUGAACAGACUGGCUUGUUUUGGCGCCAGAAAGGUCGAAAGUUUAUGCAAAGUUUCGUGGGGAAUGUGCGUCAUGGAAGAGCCAUGCGUGGAUUUCAAAGUUGCUUUUGCACCAGAAUACACUGCUUCCGGGGCCUGAAAACCCAGGCUGAACUCGGCCAACACGGAUCGCAGCAGCAUUCAGAAGUGCCCUGUGUGUCGCCGGCCCAGCCAGGCCCCAGGCCAUGCUCUCUGCCGCCCGUGGUGACCCUGCACCCCGACCUGGAAGGACUGUUGGCUCUUUGGGGAGCACGCGCUUUCUUGGCGCAGGCACCGGCCCCUCACUGCCGCAGGUGGGGAGCGGAUGAGCCCUAUGCCGUCUGCGUGGUCAGCGCUGAGACCAGUUUGGGGAGAGUGGUGUAACUGGCAGCAUGCCCCCUCCCAGGACAAGGGAUGCCAGGGACCACAGAGACCACCGUCGGGCUCCCAGUGAGGAAGAGGCCCCGGAGAAGUGGGACUGGAGCUGCCCGGAGACACGGCGCCUCCUGGAGGAUGCCUUCUUCGGUGGGGAGGACUACAUCCGGCAGGGCUCUGAGGAGUGCCAGAGGUUCUGGGCCUUCUUUGAGCGCCUGCAGAGAUUCCAGAGCCUCAAGGCCUCCAGGCAGGAGGAGGCAGACCCCGGGCGUCCCACACACAGCAUCCCGGCGCUGGCUGACCUCCCUUGCACUUAUGACCCACGUUACCGCAUCAACCUCUCCAUCCUCGGCCCCGACACACGGGGCUCUCGGGAGCUGGGCAGGCGCCUGCCCCCGGAGAGAGCGUCCGAGUUCCGCCGCGCCCUGCUGCACUACCUGGACUUCAACCAGAAGCAGGCGUUUGCGCGGCUGGCGAAACUGCAGCGCGAGCGGGCAGCGCUUCCCAUUGCUCAGUACGGGAACCGCAUCCUGCGGACCCUGAAGGAGCACCAGGUGGUGGUGGUGGCCGGCGACACCGGCUGCGGCAAGUCCACUCAGGUGCCCCAGUACCUGCUGGCCGCUGGCUUCAGUCACGUGGCCUGCACCCAGCCCCGGAGAAUUGCCUGCAUCUCCCUGGCCAAGCGUGUGGGCUUCGAGAGCCUCAGUCAGUACGGCUCGCAGGUCGGCUACCAGAUCCGCUUUGAGAGCACACGUUCCGCCGCCACCAAGAUUGUGUUCCUGACCGUGGGCCUGCUCUUGCGGCAAAUCCAGCGGGAACCCAGCCUGCCGCAGUACGAGGUUCUGAUUGUGGAUGAAGUCCAUGAGCGGCACCUCCACAACGACUUCCUGCUGGGUGUCCUGCGCCGCCUGCUGCCCCAGCGGCCUGACCUCAAGGUCAUCCUCAUGUCGGCCACCAUCAACAUCUCGCUCUUCUCCAGCUACUUCGGCAGUGCCCCUGUGGUGCAGGUGCCCGGGAGGCUGUUCCCCAUCACGGUGGUCUACCAGCCGCAGGAGGCAGAACCGACCACGUCCAAGUCGGAGAAGCUGGACCCACGGCCUUUCCUGAGGGUGCUGCAGGCCAUUGACAAUAAGUACCCCCCCGAGGAGCGGGGGGACCUCCUCGUCUUCCUCAGCGGCAUGGCGGAGAUCAGCGCAGUGCUGGAGGCCGCCCAGACCUAUGCCAGCCACACCCAGCGCUGGGUGGUACUGCCGCUGCACAGCGCGCUCUCUGUGGCCGACCAGGACAAGGUGUUUGAUGUGGCACCCCCUGGAGUCCGGAAGUGCAUCCUCUCCACCAACAUCGCCGAGACCUCGGUCACUAUCGAUGGGAUCCGCUUUGUGGUUGAUUCUGGCAAAGUGAAGGAGAUGAGCUAUGACCCGCAGGCCAAACUGCAGAGGCUGCAGGAGUUCUGGAUCAGUCAGGCCAGCGCCGAGCAACGCAAGGGCCGGGCAGGCCGCACAGGCCCCGGGGUCUGCUUCCGCCUCUACGCCGAGUCCGACUACGAUGCCUUCGCACCCUACCCCGUUCCAGAAAUUCGGAGGGUGGCUCUGGAUGCGCUGGUGCUGCAGAUGAAGAGUAUGAGCGUGGGGAACCCCCGAACCUUCCCCUUCAUUGAGCCCCCCCCACCAGCCAGCCUGGAAACCGCCAUCCUGUAUCUCCAGGACCAGGGAGCUCUGGACAGCUCCGAGAGCCUCACUCCCAUCGGGUCCCUGCUGGCUCAGCUGCCUGUGGAUGUCGUGAUUGGGAAGAUGCUGAUCCUGGGCUCCAUGUUCAGCCUGGCGGAGCCCAUGCUCACCGUCGCGGCCGCCCUCAGCGUCCAGUCGCCCUUCACUCGCAGCGCCCAGAGCAGCCUGGAGUGUGCGGCAGCUCGGCGGCCGCUGGAGAGCGACCAGGGCGACCCCCUCACGCUCUUCAACGUCUUCAACGCCUGGGUGCAGGUGAAAUCUGAACGGAGCAGGAACUCCCGCAAGUGGUGCCGCCGCCGGGGCAUAGAGGAGCACCGGCUGUACGAGAUGGCCAACCUGCGGCGCCAGUUCAAGGAGUUGUUGGAAGACCACGGGCUGCUGGCCGAGGCUCAGCCGGUGGCGCCGGGGGACAGCUACAGUCGGCUGCAGCAGCGUCGCGAGCGCCGGGCCCUACACCAGCUGAAACGGCAGCACGAGGAGGGCGCGGGGCGCAGGCGCAAGGUGCUGCGGCUGCAGGAGGACCUGGGCGACUGCUCCAGCGAGGAGGACGGCGCGGGCCGGGCGGCCGAUGACAACGUGGACAUCCAGGAUGUGAAGUUCAAGCUGCGGCACAACCUGGAGCAGCUGCAAGCGGCCGCCAGCGCCGCCCAGGACCUGAGCCGGGAGCAGAUGGCGCUGCUGAAGCUGGUGCUGGGCCGGGGCCUCUACCCGCAGCUGGCUGUCCCCGAUGCACUCAACAGUGGCCGCAAGGACUCUGACCAGGUUUUCCACACGCAGGCCAAGCAGGGCACUGUGCUGCACCCCACCUGUGUCUUUGCCAACAACCCUGAGGUGCUGCACACACAGGAGCAGGAAACUGUGGGCGGCGAAGGAAAGCAAGGUGACAAGGACAAGAUGAGCAGCAGCCACCAGCUCCUCGCCUUCGUGUCCCUGCUGGAGACCAACAAGCCCUACCUGGUGAACUGCGUCCGCGUCCCCGCCCUGCAGUCCCUGCUGCUGUUCAGCCGGUCCCUGGACACCAAUGGUGACUGCUCCCGCCUGGUGGCUGAUAGCUGGCUGGAGCUGCAGCUGGCGGACAGCGAGAGUGCCGUCCGGCUCCUCACGGCUUCCCUGCGGCUCCGCGCUCACUGGGAAAGUGCCCUGGACCGGCAGCUGGCCCAUCAGGCCCGGCGGCGGCACCUGGAAGAGGAGGAAGAGGAGGGGGAGGAGGCUCCGCCCAUCAGCCGCAAGGAGGUGGCAGCCCUAAGCAGGGAGCUGUUGCAGUUCAUGGCAUCCAAGGUUCCCUACAGCCUCCGGCGGCUGACAGGGCUGGAAACCCAGAACCUCUACGUGGGGCCCCAGACCGUCACAGCUGCCCCCAGUCUCCCUGGCCUCUUUGGCAGCUCUACCUUGUCCCCCCACCCCAUCAAGGGGGGCUAUGCUGUCACUGACUUCCUCACGUACAACUGCCUCACGAGCGACGUGGACCUGUACAGCGACUGCCUGCGCAGCUUCUGGACCUGCCCCCACUGUGACCUGCACCUGCCCCUCACGCCCCUGGAGCGCAUUGCCCACGAGAACUCCUGCCCCCAGGCCCCACAGGAGGGCACCGCAGGGGGUGAGGAAGUGGCCCCCGAGCCUGUCCAGAAGGCGUCUGUCCUGCAGAGGCCCUACCACUGCGAGGCCUGCCAGAAGGACUUCCUGUUCACGCCCACCGAGGUGCUGCGGCACCGCAAGCAGCAUGUGUGAGCAGGCAGCGGGGUGGGCGGCUGGCCUGCGAGACCAGUUAGCCCCAGCCCCAGCCCAGGGGUCCCGGUCUGGAGGGCGGGGGUGACCGUGUGAAUAAAGCCUUGCCUGCAGGCCUGGUUGUGGGCCGGCUGCUGCCUGCUUAGGAAGCUUCGCGGCCGGCUGUCCUUGCCGCCCUGCACCAUGUGCACAGGGCUGCGGGAGGGCUGGGUGGUCAGGGCCCAGCAGGGACUCUUGGUGGCUCCUGAGCCCAGGGCCAGGCUCUCCGGAGUGUCUGCUCUCCGCUUCCCUUGGAACUGGGGAGGCCUGAAUCUGCCCUUGUGUGUGGGUGGCUCUGAGCUGGGCGGGUGUGGUGGGGAGGGGAUGCUCCUGUGGGGCCAGGGCCCUAGCAGCUGACUCACGAGGCAGCCACCAGGGAGCUCCUGCUGCUGGCCCACCAGGCCUCUCUCCCAGUGGCCUCCGGGCCCUCUUCCCCAUCCUCACCUGGUUGGCUCUGCCCACCUGCCUCGGCUCACCUCCCCGCGUGUCUGAUGAUCCCCGAUCUCGCCACGCCCUGACUGCUCCCCAAAGUCUGGCGCCUGUGCCCUGCUGCCUCCCGGGCACCCACACCUGCCACCUGACGGGUCUUAGGCCUGACCCCGCCAGGGCCAACCUCAGAGUCCCUGCUGCUCCAUUCCUUGAGUCAUCAGUCACCCAUCUGUCCGCCAACCAGGACACUUGUCUGUCUGGAACGUGUGUGAGGUGUCCCACCCAAGACUCCCGUCUGGGGAGUGAGUCUAAAGGAAGCUUCUGAGAAGUGGGAGAGACUUACUGCCCAGAGGUGGCCAUCAGUGCAGCGAGCCAAGUCACGUCCCCUCUGGUGUGUGCUGUGGCGCAAGGUUAAUGAUGGGGGCUGGGUGGGCCUGUUCUCGGGCACUGGGUGGCAUCCUGCAGGACCUCCCUCGGCGACCAGAAUGACGUGUGCUCUGCUGCAGGCGGGGCCAUGGCCUUGGCAUUCCCGUGACCCUGCAUGACACAAACCACAUGUGAUCGUCGUUUUCCCGGUCAGUGCUGGGCCUGUUUACAGCAACUGGUGACAGUGGCUGCUGGGCAGCUGUGGAGUGGGGCCGCGCUCAUCCCGGGGGCGUUGACAGUCUCCAUAGUGAGCAGCCUGGCGGGGUCUCUCACGCCUUCAUUCAGCAAUCUUGCAAACAUCGAAGUGGAACAGGUGCACAGGUCAGGGCUGGCAUGGUGGUGCAGCAGGUUACACUCUGCUUGUGACACCGGCAUCCCAUGUUAGAGGUCUCGUCUGAGUCCUAGCUGCCCCGAUUCCAGUCCAGCUCCCUGCUGGUGGACCCUCGAGGCAGCAGAUGGCCCGAGUGCUUUGGGCCCCUCCCACCCAUUUGGGAGGGUGUUCCUGGAUGGGGUUUUCUGCCUUGUGGCUUCAGCCUGGUCCAGGCACGGCUGUUACAGCCAUCUGAGGAGUGAACCAGUACUCACAGGAUCUCUGUCGCUGGUGCUCCCCGUGGCCCCCGAUGGCCAGCACGCCCGCUAACUCACAGUUCUGAACUUCACAGUGUGCUUUCUCUGGUUUCUGCUCCAGAUGACGUCGCAUCUGGCUCUGCUGUGUUCGUCGUAGCGGGUGCCUUCACUGCUUGUCCUGCUAACGGACACUCAGUUUAUGUCCAGCUUCCAGCAGUGCUGCUGCGAACACACUGGCCCUUGGUUUUGGUGAAUUGUGUCUUGCUGAGUCCAUAUCCGGGGGGUAGAACUGCUGGAUGGGUUUGGUUGAGUCUGAAAUUGUUUUUCAAGGUCAUUCUACCAAUUUGCACUCCACCAGCACCGGAGAGCAUGAUCACUCCCUCCACCUGCUGACUAGGUAUUAUCAGUGUUUUGUUCUUAUCUUAAGCAUUGUACUGGUGGUUAGUGUACAUAUUUUUAAAAAAUAUUUAUUUGACAGGUAGAGUUACAGACAAUGAGAGAGAGAGAGACAGAGAGAAAGGUCUUUCUUCCAUUGGUUCACCCCCCAAAUGGCAACUAUGGCCGGCGCUGCACCUAUCCGAAGCCAGGAGCCAGCUGCCUCCUCCCGGUUUCCCACGAGGGUGAAGGGGCCCAGCACUUGGGCCAUCCUGCACUGCCUUCCCGGGUCACAGCAGAGAGCUGGACUGGAAGAGGAGCAGCCGGGACAGAACCAGCACCCAUAUGGGAUGCCGGCGCUGCAGGCAGAGGAUUAACCUAGUGCGCCACAGCACUGGCCCCACUUAUUGUAUAUAUAUUUAAUAUUUUUUGUUUUUAUUUGAGAGACAAAGAGGCACCACUUGGAAUGUGUGUAUCCCAUAUAUCAGGUGCCUGGGAUCAAGUUCUGUCCCAGCCUCCUGCUAGAGUGCGCCCUGGGAGGCCGCAGGUGAGGGCUCAAGUGUUUGGGUCCCUGCCACCCACAUGGAGACCUGGGGAGAGCUCCUGGUUCUGGGCUUUGGCCUGGCCUGGCCUGGCCUGGUCUGGCUCGGCCCAACUUUUGCAGGCAUUUGAGGAGUGAACCAGGGGAUAGGAGAUCUGUCUCUCUGCCAGAAAGAUUGUGUGUCUUACUGUUUCAAAGAUUUUUAAAAAUAUAUUCUGGACACAAGUCCUUUAUCAGGUAAUAUGUUAAUAUGAAUAUUUUUUCCACAUCCAUGAAAAGGCUUCAGAAAAUUCAUGGAAGUAUGGGAUUAAAAGAUGAAAAUCUAAACUUUAAAAGUCUAAAAGAAAAAGUCAUGUGAAAGUGUGACAGGUUCUCCAUCUGCUGGUUCACUGCCCAAAUGACCACAACAGCUGGGGCUGGGACAGGCUCAAGCCAGGACCCAGAAACUCCAUCCAGGUCUCCCUCUUGGGUGGCGGGAACUGAGGUAUGCAUUAGCAAGGAGCCAGAUCAGAAGCAGUGUGGCCAGGACUUAAACUGGCACUCCAUUGUGGAACGUGGGCACCCCGUGUGCCACAGCAGCUGUCCCCUCAGUUUGAGUUACUGCUCGAGUUUUAGGCUGCAGCACUGGGGACACUUCUGUGGCAGCGACAGCCGCUGAGUCCACGACCUUGGGUCGUGAGAGUGUGACCAGGUCAGUGCUGUCUUUUCUACAUUAGUUGAAGAAAAGUGAGUGCCCUUUAAGGGUUUCUUAAUCGUAGGAAACAAGAAGAAGCCAAGUCAGAACUGUGAGGUGGAUGCCCAGAGUCCCUCAAAACUUGCCCAGACUGGCCCGGGAUUGGUGAGCGGGAGCUUGGUCAUGUUGGGGGACUUUGGUGGAGCCUCCCUAGGCAUUUUCUCUUCAAACCUUGGUCGUGGUUAGGCCACUGCCUGACACCAGCAUCCCAUAUGUGCACACAGGGCUGCCCCACUGCAAUCCAGCUCCCUGCUGUGGCCUGGGAAAGCAGCGGAGGAUGGCCCAAGUGCUUGGGCCCCUGCAGCCAUGUCGGACACCCGGGUGACUUCGGCCGGGCCCAGCUCUGGCCAUUGUGGGCAUUUGGAAUCUCUCUAACUCUGCCUUUCAAAUAAACUAUAAACCCCUUAAAAAAAAAAAAAAAAAGCCUUUGGCCAACUUUGUUCAGUCAGUCUCCUUAUACACAGAUGGGACUGUCCUCUGGCCCUUCAGGGAGCUGGCAAGCAAGAUGCCUGGACGUCCUGGGAAACUGAUGCCAUGACUUUGCCCUUGACCCGUCUGCAUUUACUGUGGCUCGACGACGUCUGCUCUCGGGAGCCGCUGCUCUGACUGUGUUUCGUCUUCAGGAUCAGGCUAGUAAACCCGGGUUUCACGUCCUGCUUAGAUGCUUUGACCCCACUUGUUUAGUUCCCAUGGGAGUCUCGGCUCCUGUCUGCAGCCAUGCUGGGUGCUGGCGUCGUGAACGUGGGGCAGAAAGUGUGUAAGCCAGAGCAGCUGAGGUGCUGCCGUGUGGGCUGUCAGUCCAGGGAGGGGCUGGGGCUGGGGCCCACUGCUGUGGGGAUUAGGGUUUCUUUUGAAAGCGUUGAAAAUGCUCUACAGUUGGUUGUGUGAUGGAUGCAUAACUUGGUGAGCAG